GAGCAGCCCAAACCGAAAGUAAUGGCCAUGACAGCCAUAGCCUCCGCCUCCAGAACCCUCAUCCUGUUCUCCCCUUUCAAAACCUCCCUCGCCUCUUUCUGUAAAAUUCCCAAACUACCCUCCUCAUCUGUCAAGACCACCACCACCCUUUCGCAAUUGCAAUCCCAACCCUCUCGGCGCCACAACGUCGUCGAAAUCCUCAAGCAACGCGGCCUCCUCGAGUCCCUCACGAGCUCCGACCUUCACGACGCCGUUUCCACCGGCCCCGUCAAAGUAUACUGCGGCUUCGACCCCACCGCCGAGAGCCUCCACCUCGGCAACCUCCUCGGACUCAUCGUCCUCUCCUGGUUCCAGCGCUGCGGCCACCUCGCCGUCGCACUCAUUGGCGGCGCUACUGCCCGCAUCGGUGACCCAUCCGGCAAGUCCCUCGAGCGCCCCGAGCUCGAUGCCGACGCGCUCCACAAAAACACCGCCGGCAUCCACGACAUCAUCACGAAGAUCCUCCUCUCCGAUUCUUUGACUAGUUCGAAUUUCGUGAUUCUGAACAACUACGACUGGUGGAAAGAGGUGAGGAUGCUAGAUUUCUUAAGAAAUGUGGGCCGGUACGCAAGGGUUGGGACGAUGAUGGCGAAGGAGAGUGUGAAAAAGCGGCUGGAAUCGGAGCAGGGAAUGAGCUACACGGAAUUUACCUAUCAGCUAUUGCAGGGCUACGAUUUCGUGCACCUAUUCGAGAAGGAGGGAGUGAGCGUGCAAAUAGGAGGGAGUGAUCAGUGGGGGAACAUAACGGCGGGGACCGAAUUGAUUAGGAAAAUUUUGCAGGUAGAGGGGGCGUACGGACUGACAUUCCCACUUCUGUUGAAGAGCGAUGGUACCAAGUUUGGGAAAUCGGAAGACGGCGCCGUUUGGUUGUCUCCGUCGAUGCUGUCGCCGUACAAGUUUUACCAGUACUUCUUCUCGGUUCCAGAUGCGGACGUGGUGAGGUUCUUGAAGAUUCUGACGUUUAUGGAGUUGGAGGAGAUUGGGGAAGUGGAGAGGGAGAUGGGGACGCCCGGGUACGUCCCCAACAGCGCGCAGCGGAGGCUUGCGGAGGAAGUCACGCGGUUCGUGCACGGCGAGGAGGGUCUGAGCGAGGCAAUUAAGGCCACCCAGGCGAUGAGACCGGGUUCCGAGACCAGGUUGGAUUGGAAGGCCAUCGAGGGGAUUGCGGAGGAUGUGCCGUCUUGCUCUUUGUCCCACCAUGAGGUGUUGAAUCUCUCGCUCGUUGAUCUUUCCGUUGCGGCCGGUUUAUUGGAGAGCAAAUCUGCUGCGCGGCGCAUGUUGAAGCAGGGGGGUUUGUACUUGAAUAACACUAGAGUGGACGGAGAGAGUAAAAGGAUUGAGGCGGAGGACAUUGUGGAUGGGAAGGUUAUCCUUUUGUCCGCAGGGAAGAAGAACAAGGUGCUUGUACGGAUAUCUUCAUCUGAUUGAUUGCUCUAACUCGAUAUCUGAUUAGUUAUAUUAUCGUAAAAAAUGUUUAAUUAAUUAGUGAAUGAAUUUCUUGUAUGCUCAAAAAAAGUUUUGGGGUUCACUGCCAUGUGAAAGAAUACGUUGUUAAUCAUGAAAUGAUUUUUUUUAGGACAAGUUUGGUUAUUCAGCACAAACUCUUUA